AUGGAUCGAUUUUUAUUAAACAAUCGUAAACGUACGAGUACAUGUGAAGACGAAGAAAUUUUACCAUCAACCAAUCGCGGUGAACCAGUAAAAAAGCGAAAAUGUCGUCAGUAUGAUGAUAGUUAUUUGGAUUUUGGUUUUACGUCAACAGAAAUUAACGGUGAAGAGAGACCACUAUGUGUAGUAUGUAUGAAAGUUUUGGCAUCAGAAUGCAUGUUGCUGAGUAAAUUGAAGCGCCAUUUAGAAGCAAACCACAAGUAUAUGAUUGACAAACCUCGAGAUUAUUUUAUUAGAAAGUUAAAAGAACUAAAACAGGAAAAAAGUACGUUUUUCAAGAAUGCAUCAAUACCAACCAAUGCUUUGAUUGCAUCUUAUAAGGUGUCCUAUAGAAUUGCGAAAUGUAAAAAGCCCCAUACCAUUGCAGAACAACUUAUCUUACCGGCUGCUAUAGAUAUGGUAAAUAUUAUGGUUGGUGAAUCUGCUGGGAAAUUACUCUCAAAAGUGUCUUUGUCCAAUAAUACGGUUAGCCGCAGAAUUCACCAUAUGGCGGAGAACCUCAAUCAUCAAUUGAUAGAAAAAAUCAAAGAAAGGGAAUUUGGGUUGCAGCUGGACGAGGCUACGGAUAUUAAUAAGGAUGCUCAUUUGAUAUGCUAUGUUAGGUUUAUAAAUGAUGAUGUCAUGGUAGAAGACCUACUUUUUUGUAAAAAUAUUACAGCAAGAGCCAAAGCUCAAGACUUAUUUGAUAUUCUUAAUAAUUUUAUGUCAGAAAAUAUGUUGGAUUGGACUAAAUGCGUCGGUGUUUGUACUGACGGCGCUCGUUCAAUGUCUGGCAAUUAUGGAGGAAUACAAUCACUUAUUAGAAGCAAAGCCCCUGAUGCGCUGUGGACCCAUUAUCCAUAG